GGGGGGUUUACCGGCUAUUUUCGGUUAUUGCGUGUGAAAGCAUUUAUUAGUUUCCUUUUCCGUUUUUGAUUAAGAUUCUGCAUAAGAAUUAGUUUCCUAAAUCAGUUGGGACAUGAUUCAAUUUAUUUGCUCAUUCGUCGUUUUCUCCUGCAUUCUUCUUUUUCCGCCAUUGUUUGAAGUUGGAGUUCGUUGAGGCGGUUGAGCUGUUCGCCGUUCUGCUUUUCAUUCAUCUUCUUCUGCUGUUCAUCGUUCUGCUCUUCGUCGUUUUGUCCUGCUUUUCAUUCAUCUUCGUUCGUUUGCAGAGAACCUUUUUCCACAAUGGAUCCUGUUUUAUUUGUUAUGGUCAAGGUGGAUGGUUUUUGGGAUUCUGACUUUGUGUUCAUCAAUGUCCACACAUGUGGUCUUCAUGUUAACUAUGGUGUUCAAUAUACUUCUUUUGUUGAUAUGUUGACUGGCAUGUUUUGUCAGUACAAACCAAAUCAUAAUUUCAGGCUUUCUUAUAUGCGAGAUGGAUUCCCUCCUCCUGUUACUAUAAAUGAUCAAUCUAGCUUAACAUUUUAUCUUUAUAUCAAGUCUCUUCAACCAGAUUUUUUAAAGUAUCCUCUUUGUGUUGAGUUUUAUCCUGUCUCUUCUUCCUCUGCAUUUUCUGUUGAUGUUGAACGUUCCAUUUUUCCUCCAACUAAAAAUGUUGUUAUUUCUCCACAACAACUUACCACUUAUACUAUACCCUUCUCCUCACCUCCAACUUCUGUUGUUAAUCUUUCAACUCAUUCACUUUCUGUUGAUGAGAAUGUUGUUGAUUCUUCCCAACAACAUGCCUCCUCACCUGCACUCUCUUUUGAUGAUAGCCCAUCUUUUUGCACUGAAAAUGUUAACCUCUCUGGUACACACUCUCAAGAUGUUGCUUUUUCUAGUAACACUGUGUCUAGAGCUGUAGAAAUUGAAACGUCUGAAGACAGUGAUGAAGACACAGAUGACAUGACAGAUGGCUUAGUAAUAGAAUCAUGUCAAUCACUCUCAUUUCUCCACAAUUUUGAAGUCAUCACACACUCCCAUCCUACUUCUCUUGUUCUCUAUGCUAUUUACAGAAGUAAAAAAGACCUUAUCCACCAUCUGAAGCUCUAUGCUAUCACAAACCACUUUCAAUACAGAACUAAGACCUCUAGGAAAAUAUCUUUACAUGUUAUUUGCUUAGAUCCUGAAUGUCGUUGGACUGUUCGAGCUGUAAGACUACAUGGUGUAGAAAUGUUUCAAAUCAGAAGGUAAUUCUAUUUUCCUUCUUUGUUUGACUUCAUUGUAAAUUCUUGUUUAUCAGAAUGUCAUGUAUUGAUGACAUUCUUACACAAGAAUGCCAAAUAUAUAUUAGUCAGUUGUAUAGUAAUGCCACUUUUUUGUCCUUUUAGAUUCCGUCCAGAACACACAUGCUCUAUUGAUUAUAGACAAGGCAAACAUAGACAGGCAACUGCUAAUGUGAUAGCACAACUUAUUGCACACAAAUACCUUGAUGCUUCCAGUAAACCAUACCCACCAAAGCAAAUUCGUGAAGACAUGAGUGUGGAGUAUGGAAUUUCCAUGUCAUACAAAAAAUCUUGGAAAGCACAGAAGAAA